AUUGUUGCUUUGAGGUGAAUAUGGGAUGCGGCAACUCCUCAAACACUGCGGUCCUCCCGCUGACACCGGAAGAGGUGAAGAGAGACAAGGAUGAGACGGGAAGUAAACUCGAUGGUCGUGGAGACUCAGCCGUGUCAAAAGGCACCACAGACAGCGGGGUAGUGAUGGACAACAGAGAGAUCCCUGACUUGCCUGGAGCAGCGCCCAGAAAACUCCCUCCUCUAAUGUGUGUCAGAGAAAGUGAGAAUGGCAGAAUUACACAAGAUGGCUUACUGCAGCAAGAGAGCACUGUGCAGCGCCAAAACUCCAGUGAGAUCCUGGAGGAGCUGCUGCUUCAGGGCAUCAUACCGGAUGGACCGAGCAGAGAAAGGAGCAGGGGGAAGGGGGAGUCAUACAGCAUCAUGCUUGUGGGCAAGGAGGCGAUCAAGCAAAGACCUCCUGCCAGGCUGCAGUCCCUGAGUGUAAAGAAGGUGCAAAAUAUCCUCAGCAGAGAAGAAAUCGAGGAAAAGAUUAGACUCGCUGAUGAGAGACGCAAGUUGAAGGAGGAGGAGCUCAAGACACGUUUGAGGUCCAAGUCUGCGCGUGUUCGUGGCCCUGCACAUAUCUCUAGCACAAACGAGGACAUAGACCUCACUGAAGUGGAGACGCUACAGUCAUCUCUGACCUCUGACGCCCUGAAUCCACAGCCUCUCAGCCAGAUCCCCCGACAGGCAGCUGAAGGGAGGGAGCGGGUGAGAGAUGUUUUAGGGGAUGGCAGGGAGAGUCAAGAAGAUACCGGCAAAGCAAAGAGGAGAGAGGACGGAGAGGAAGGAGGAGGGAAAGGAGAGAUCAGGGGUACAAAAGGACGACGUGAGACUGGCGAUGGACAAGACGAGGAGGAGGAGGAGGAGUUGACACAGGUGGAGGUGCUCAAAGAGAAUGAGCUCCUGUGGGCCUCAGGGGAGCUGGAGAGUGAUUCUAGCUUUCAAAGGGCAGAGGAGGUGUUUUAAUUUAGAGCCACGGAUCAGCACUAAGAGAAAAAAGAACAGCCAAAUCAUUCCAUUUGCACAGAAGAGAUGCCUGUCAAAACUGUAAAAAUAUAAACACUAUGCUUCAUUUUUUAAAUUAAACUAUGAUUGGCCCAUUUUGUAGCUCAGCUGACCUUAAAGGUUUUCUGUCCUCAUCAUGAUGUUUACCUCAAUAAACGCUUAAAUCAGCAUUAUCUAGACUUUAAAUACUCGUUGCUAUACAAAAUGAAUUCAGCUUAUAUGUUUGUUUCACUUUUAACUCUCACAGAGCCCAAUGUUUUCAUGUGAAGGGUGCACUUAAGGCAGUUAUUCUUUUGGACAUUAGAUGGCGCUAUUUCAGUGAAUUUAAGUGCUAAUGUAGUACCUUGAAUUCAGUCAUUAGAAGGAAACGUAAAGAAAUGCUCAGUGUA